CUGGGGAGAGUGGGAGGUCUCGGUUCGGACUCGAGCACGUAGGUUGGUUACAAAUGAUUGUGAGUUUCCCGUCGCCUGCCUUGGCGCCUCCUCUGGUUUUCUCUUUGAACGGAUCUCCUGCGACGACGGCGGAGCUUAGGCUUCACUUCUGACCGACUUUAAGCGACGGCGCAGCGCAGCUCUCUGCCCCGCUGCAGAGCCGCCGACGCGGCGGGGGGUGACGGAACCGGAUCAAGCUCUUGCUGCACCCAUCCCGUAAUCGAACCGAAGACGCGCAGGCGAAUCCCAACUCGGUGCCAAGUAUGAGCCGAGCAUUUGUCCUCGGAAACUCGCGAGUGCCUUGUGUAGCAGUGGCGGAGACUUUCCUCUCCUGCAGCCGCUCGAUGCGCCCCCUGAUGCCGCCUGACUCUUCCCUCAUACCCGGAUCGACAAAAGAAGACUUCAAAACCCAACAACACUGAAACCGGUCCGGAAUCCAUCAGAACAGCAGCACCGAGCGCGAGACGAAUGAUUCUGGCAUGGUGCCCACGCCCCAGGUGUGCGUAUCAACCCUGGUCACGGUGAGCACGAUGGCAGUGGUUGACCUCUACCUGCUGGAGCAGAGCAUGCUUGGAUCCCGAGGUGUCCAAGGACCAAGCGUGUGGCAGUGUGUGGCAGUGUUGCUAGGCGAUGUGGGAUUCCUGCUAGCGCUGCGCUUCGUGUCUGCCGGCGUGGUGUCGGAGGCACAGUCGCCUCGCAGGGGAUUCGCCAACGCCCUCUGGUUCCUGUUCCUGUCACUGCUCCAGCUGAAGCUGUUUUUCGUCUGUCACAACUACAGACAGGAGCGUCGCCCACCAGACCCCUUGGCCAGGAAAACGCUGACUCUGCUGCUGUCCAUCUGUCUGCCUUCACUUUUUCUGAUACUCACUGGCGCCGACAACAUGACCCCGCAGCGUAGAAAACAGGAGGUGCGCAGUCGACUUUUGUGGGUGGUGGUCGACUUGUUGGAUAUACUUGACCUCCAGGCAGGGCUGUGGGAGGCCCAAGUGACAGGAACUGUGGUCACUACCGAGCAGAGGCUGCCCAUCUGGGCAGAAGGCUUGGUUUUCUUCUACUGCUACGCCCUGCUUCUGCUGCUCCCAUGUGUGGCACUGACUGAGCUCGGGGCCACAAGCCUGCCAGGACAGAGGGGACCCCAUAAGGAGGCUUUGUACCCUUGGCUCAGCCUGGUCACUAUCAACAUCUUCACACUGGGGCUAAGAGGCACUGGAAUGUUGUGGUACAAGGACUCACGGGUCUCCACUGUGUUUCUUGGGAAGAACUUGUUGGCACUGGGCGUGAAGCUGAGCUCAGCCUGGGAGAGACACAAGGAAGAAGGAGGUUCUGGACGAGCCGGUACCGUGGCUGGAUCAGAGCCUACAGACUCGAUGCUUCCAAGCCAAAGCUCAGAUCAGGGAGAGGGCCAGGCCCAGGGGAAAGCCCUCCCCACUCAUUAUCACACACUGUCACGCUCUCAGAGCCACACACUCUCCCAUGUUAGUCUAGAGCCUUCAGAGACACCCCUCGGUCCCACUUUCAUCUCCCAUGAACUCUAGAGAUUUCACACAAACACACACACAUACCGACACGACCAACACUGAUGAGCUCAGCCAGCAACACUUACAGACCAAUUUUAAAUAUCUACAGAGGAAAACAAUCUGGCCCACCAGAAUUUCAUCCCAUUUCUUGGUGCAGAGUGAGCUGGAGUCUUUACCCAGUGGUCGUUUGAUUACGAUGUUAACACACAGCAACACAGCCAGAGUGUAAAUAAUGUUUAAUGUAUGUUGAAGUCCAGUGCUUUUAUAUUUUUGUCGAGCCCCAGCACAGACGCUUUUGCUAAAAGACUUUCAUCAUUUAAACAUCACGUUCCAUUUGUACCAAGUGUGUUUUGUGUUCACAACCUUUAAAUCUUAAAUCCUUCUCUCUGUUUUCUGUGACAACUUCAUGGAAAUAUAUGUAUAUAUAUGUUGGUUUUCUUACUCCUAUUUUCAAACAAAAACAUGAAGGCUUCUGCACUGUGUUCAAAAGUGAUACAGGUGGGAUUCAGCUCUACCCUUGUCAACAAAGCACACAAUUGUAUUUACCUUAAGACUCUUCAUGUCUGAAUAUGGCUGUUAUAUUGUUGGCAUAUCUUUAAGUAUAGUUAUUUACAGUAUUGGUACUUGAAUGAGUUUCCCUUGAGACAAAACAAAACACAUUAAACAGCCAGUUACCUAAAACAUCUGUUCUUAGAUUGGACAAAACAAAUAAAUAAUACUUUACAUUACAGACCAAGUGGAGGCCCAAACCCCAAUUCUGUAUUCAGUUAUCUAAUGGAUUGUGGUGAUUAUGAAAUGUGUGUAUCUGGGAAAAUAAUUGCAUUUCUGUAACCCCAGUUGCAGAAUAAAAGUUA